AUGAGUUUUAGAAAGAGAAAUAAGAUUAAGAUACCAAUUUCUUCUCACAACUCUUCUGAAACCACAUCUAAAGGGAAUAAAAAUAAUAUACCUUUGAAUUUUGAUGAGGAUGAGAUAGUGGACGAUUUUGACUCUUUACCUAGUUUGAAGCUAAAGAAAGGAGCAAGGAAGCUUCCUCCAUUUUCUAGUUCUCUCAAAUCACAAGACACAAACAGCUCAACAAGUUCUGAUAAUACUUCGAAAAUAAUCCUAGAAAAGGAUACAUACGGAUCAAUAUACAAAAUUAAAGCUAAUAAUAGUGCUGUACUGAAUCUAGAAGAUGAGUGUGAAUUAAAUGAAAUAGAACAAAACGAUAUGGAUUACAUAGAUGAUAAUAAUAUAUUAUCAAUUUCAGAAAUUGAUGAAAUAAAGAAAGAGAAGGAGAAACUAAGGAAGAAGUUUCAACAAAAGCAAGAAGUUGAAAAAGGAAGACCAUCUGAGAAGGAUUAUGCUAAAUUAUUAACCUCAGAAGAAAGAUUAGAUUUAUUAGACACAUAUAAGGAUAAUGGUGGCAUUACUAAGGCUAAUGAAUAUAAUGAUAUAAAAAGCACAGAAGACUACACAGAUAGUAUAGCUGAUGAUGGUAAAUUGGCUUUAACAAAAAACGAAAUGCUUCUAGAGAAACAGAAUAGAAAAUAUUUAAUAGAACAAGCAAUCAACGAAAAGGAAGUUGAUGACGACCAAAAUAAUUGGGAACAAAACAUCGUACAGAACGGUUCUUUAGGCAGUAGUACGGUCAAAAUUAACGUAAAAGCACGUUUACCAGCGUUAUGGAAAGAUAUCGAAGAUUUUGAGGGUGAUUCAUUUAUUGACACUGAAUUAGCCAAGUCCCGCAUAAAAUUAAAAACGAAAGAACUCCAACGUCGAAAACUUCAAGAAGAACGGUCUGGACUGAUUCAAAAGGGUAAUUCAAUUAUUAAUGAAAUUAUGGAAUAG